AUGACUGACUCUGUUCCAGACUCCCCGGUCUCUGGGACGCGUGCUUUAUGGAUGGCCUCCUCCGAGGUGGACCAGAAGGCCUUGGGCAACUUUGCCGCCGUCAUGGGCUUGGAGAACCCCUUCCUCUCGACAAUGCUGUACAAAGUGCUCGGGGUGUCCGUCAUGCUAUCCAAGAAGCUGAUCCGAGCUCGCAAGCUGCGCCGUCUGGACACGACUCGUGAAACCAGAUCGCUGCAGCUGUACCACCAUAUCAUAUGGCUGUCGCGCGAAGGCCUGCUCAUCCUAGAAAGCUUCAUCCUGCCCAUGGUCGACAUGUCCGUCGAGCUGAAAGUGCUCGCCUAUAAACUCCGCGCCUCAUUCUACCACAUCUUCGUCUUGUUCCACAAUCGCCCGGUCUUCACACACGAACCACCACCCUUGUUCAGCAGCGACUCAAUAUACGGCGCCGAGUCCCUCUUCAAGGUUCCGACCUCUCGACCCCCGGGGCUGGGCGUCCAACCGGUCCAGCCCCAACCAUCAUCCUUCCUCCUCCCAGCCUUGGACUACACGGCCACAGCCACGGCUUGCUUCAACCACGCCGCAGCCCUCUCCGACAAGCUUCUCCCGGGCUCGCACCCGCUCCGCCUCUCGGUCAAACUUGAGUACGCCGCCUACCUCUACGACUGUCUCCAGGAUCCCAUCGCCUGUCGCCGUCUCGCCAAACAAGCCAUCGCAGACGUCUACAAUGCCCAAGAAGGAAUGGACGAUGAAAGUUUCGCCGACGCGGCAGAGAUCGUCGGCGUUCUAGGCAAGAUGGUCAAGCGUGGCAAGCCCGGCAGCAGCAUCGAGACGGCAAGUAGCGUGUCGCGCUCCCGAAGCCGGAGCAGUCGCAGUCCCAGCCAUCGGGAUGCCAGCAUUCCGACGACCAUUUCGCCAGGCACGAAGGUCGGCUCCCGGUCGGCUUCCUCGAGUCAGCCGAAGAUCGAACCGGCUGUCCCUGAUGCCUCCAUGGUGAAUCCCAUCUAA